CUCUUUUUUUUUUUUUUGGAGUCCAGAGUUCUUCACACACUGCAGAGUUAAUCUUCUGGUUGUUGGACUUAUAACAGAGUGGUUUGUGCGCAUUCAGAGCACAAGCAGUACAACUCUACAUUCAAACCUUGAAGUAUACCGUCCUUCACCAUGAGAGCAGUCCGCUUUUACGGAGCUGGAGACAUCCGAGUCGAUCAGAUCGAAGAGCCGGUUUGUGGAGAGGGGCAGGUCAAGAUCCGACCUGCGUUUGUAGGGAUCUGCGGAAGUGAUUUGCAUGAGUACACGUGCGGGCCGCACCUGGUACCCCUGACGCCACAUGCGAUCACCGGGGGACAACUACCAACAACCCUGGGCCACGAGUUUAGCGGCACAGUUGAGGAGGUGGGGACCGGAGUUGCUGGUGUCGUCGCGAACCUCAAGGUUGGAGAUCGGGUUGCUGUUCGGCCCAACUUGAACGACGGGAAUUGUCCUCCCUGUUUGCGCGGAACCCCGAAUUGUUGUCGCAAUUUGGGCUUUGUGGGGUAUAGUAGUAGGUUCGAUCUUUUCCCCAAUGUUUGUUUCGGCUAUCAUCAGGCUGAGAAAUUUCAAGGCAAUGCAGGGGGGUUGUCGGAUCAUGUCGUAGUUGACGCAGAACUUGCCAUUCCGCUACCGGACAACAUCCCUUUGGAUAUCGGCGCGCUUGUUGAACCGCUGUCUGUGGCGUGGCAUGCAGCAAAUCGCAGCCCUCUUGAGGGUGCUCGGACGGCUCUUGUCGUGGGAGGCGGUCCUAUUGGUUUGGCCGUGGUUCAAGUGCUUUUAGCCCGAGGAGUAGAGUCUAUCAUCAUCGCGGAAGUCUCCUCGCGACGACGAGAAUUCGCGAAAAUAUUGGGCGCCACACAUGUCCUUGAUCCUCGGACAGAAGAUGUCGUCUCUAUGGUACGAGCAAUGACCGGAAACGCGGGCGUAGAUGUGGCCUUUGAAUGCUCUGGCGUGCAAGCCGGCUUGGAUACGGCUCUUCGGGGCAUCCGGGUCCGAGGAACAGUCACAAUUGUGUCGCUUUGGGAAGCAAAACCGAGCAUAGACGCCAGCGCGAUCGUGCUAGACGAGAAGCAUGUAAUCGGGGCGGCAAUAUUUGCCGAUGGGAUUUUUCCAGCUGUCAUUGAAGCCAUAAGCUCGGGCAAGCUCAACCCUCAAACCAUGAUCACCAGCAAGAUUCGAAUGGAAGACAUUGUUGAAAAAGGAUUCGAGGCCCUGAUCAACGAGAAAGAUAAACAUGUCAAGAUCUUAGUUGACAUCUCGGCAUGAAUUCCAGGAGGGAGGGUCUAAGGUAAGACAAGACGCCCUGGUCAGAUGCGGCUGUGAAGGUCGCACAGCUGUGCCUCAAAAUGAGCGUUUGUGUUGUCAAGUCCUUUUCCGAAGCCAUCCAUAACGGCCCAAGGCAUGUGUGAUGGCACACUUGCUGUGUAUUCUGACGCCAGCCACUCUCAGCCUAAUGGGAGCUGAAGGUAAGAACUGAAGCCUGGCAGCAGUGCCAAGAGAAUCCGGCCAUGAUAGACCUGGGCUAGAUACAU